AUGCCGACACCUAGACUCGCGGAGGUGCCGCUCCAGGCGGACAGUAGUCUUGGCGAGGUGGGAAGCAUAAAUAGCAGUAGCAGUGGCGGUAGCGGUAAUAGUAGUAACAGUAGUGAGAUCGGUAGCGGAAAUAGUAGAAGCAGUGGCGAGAUCGGUAGCGGCAAUAGUAGUACCAGUGGCGAGAUCGGUAGCGGUAAUAGUAGAAGCAGUGGCGAGAUCGGUAGCGGCAAUAGUAGUAGCAGUGGCGAGAUCGGUAGCGGUAAUAGUAGUUACAGUAGUGAGAUCGGUAGCGGCAAUAGUAGUAUUAGUGGCGAGAUCGGUAGCGGCAAUAGUAGUAGCAGUGGCGAGAUCGGUACCGGCAAUAGUAGUAGCAGUGGCGAGAUCGGUAGCGGCAAUAGUAGUACCAGUGGCGAGAUCGGUAGCGGCAAUAGUAGUACCAGUGGCGAGAUCGGUAGCGGCAAUAGUAGUACCAGUGGCGAGAUCGGUAGCGGUAAUAGUAGUAACAGUAGUGAGAUCGGUAGCGGCAAUAGUAGUAUUAGUGGCGAGAUCGGUAGCGGCAAUAGUAGUAGCAGUGGCGAGAUCGGUAGCGGCAAUAGUAGUAGCAGUGGCGAGAUCGGUAGCGGCAAUAGUAGUACCAGUGGCGAGAUCGGUAGCGGCAAUAGUAGUACCAGUGGCGAGAUCGGUAGCGGCAAUAGUAGUAGCAGUGGCGAGAUCGGUAGCGGAAAUAGUAGUACCAGUGGCGAGAUCGGUAGCGGCAAUAGUAGUAUUAGUGGCGAGAUCGGUAGCGGCAAUAGUAGUACCAGUGGCGAGAUCGGUAGCGGCAAUAGUAGUACCAGUGGCGAGAUCGGUAGCGGCAAUAGUAGUACCAGUGGCGAGAUCGGUAGCGGCAAAAGAAGUAGCAGUGUUGAGUACUGGAACCAGACAGUCUUUGAGUCUUGA